AUGGCCAGCCCGGACGCCUUCCACGACUAUCACAAAAUCCUCGCCGUGGAACCGACAGCAGACGACGCCGCGAUCAGGUCGAGCUACAAACGCCUCGCCAAGUCGAUCCACCCGGACAAGAAUCAGGGGGAUCCCCAUGCAACGUCACAAUUUCAACUCCUACAAGAAGCCUCCUCGACCCUGACGGAUCCCGGACGACGAGACGACUAUGACGCUAAAUACAGAGCAUUCAUACAAAACAAAUCUUAUAUGAAGCAAGGAUUUAUGGACAUCGAACCUGAAGAAGACCAGGACAUGGAGCCUAUAUAUGAGAACCCCCGGCGCUCCCCCUCCCCGGAACCGGAGCUAGGUUUGAUGGACGAACUUAAGGAAGGUUUGACCGACGAACUUGAUCAAAGUGCAACCGAUAAACUUAACAAAGUCGUCAACACGGUUAAGAGGGACAUCGAGGAUGUGGAAGCCGAAAUCCAGCUUCUCAGCCCAGAGUCCUGGCGGUACAAAGAGCCCACGGCGAGAUUACGAACGUAUCGCAUGAUGCUGGACGUGGCUCGCGAGUUGCCAGAGACGGCUGAGGCGGAGCCGGACUAGGCAGGGGAAGGAUUAGGGAUAGGUAGAUGCAUCGAUAGUAAUAUAUCGAGAAUAUAGAGAUUAUCCCAUAUCAAUGUGGUGCCUGUGCUUUGCCUAACGCCACGGUGUCGAGAUGAA